CGGCUUUGUAACCAGCAGUAUUUAACAACAUUCAAUAACACACACAUUAGCAUUAAUAACAUCUAAUAACAUACACAAUAAGAUACGCAAACGUUGGAUAAAAAUGUAAGCCUCAUCAGCGUCGACGACCGUCUGCAGCGAAGUUAUGAAACAUUAACAUUUUCAACAUCAAAAAUCAGUGAAAUCACAACAAAACUCGAAAUUCUGAACAAAAACAACAAGAAGAACAUUGAUGGUAACAUGUAAACUUUGGUGGCUGCAACAUUGUUGUCUUCCAAGGAAGUUUCAUCAAAAGAAAUCUUCACUGAAAACGCAUGAGUGGUGUACGUAGAAUUUCAACUGCUGAAGACGUUUAAAAUUAAAUUUAUUUAAAUUUGUUGAUACAUUGGCGGAAACGUUCAACUUAUGAAUAUUUUGGUUGAAUCUUAAUAGCCGCAUCAUCCCCAACAACAACAACGUUCAAAAUUUUAAAAUAGUUCAGAAAACGUCAUCAACAAAAGAAGCGAAAGAGACAUCAAGAGUGAUCUACAUCGUGAGGUCAGAUGAUGGGACGCAACAGGCACAGAUCCAAUGCUUUAUCUACAAUUGCAGGCAGCCUCAUUAAAGCGGACAACAAUUUCUGUGGAGCAUUUUUGACUGUUCUGUCCUGGUUCCUCAUCUUCCUCACCAUGCCCAUGUCUUUGUGCCUCUGUCUCAAGGUGGUGCAGGAGUACGAGAGAGCGGUCAUCUUCAGGCUAGGCAGACUGCUUCAACACGGAGCCAAGGGACCUGGACUGUUCUUCGUCAUUCCCUGCACGGACUCCUACACCAAGGUCGACCUGAGAACGGUCUCCUUCGAUGUGCCACCUCAGGAGAUCUUAUCGAAGGACAGCGUAACUGUUGCUGUGGAUGCAGUGGUGUACUACAGAGUCUCAAACGCUACUGUAUCCGUCACCAAUGUGGAAGACGUCAACAGGUCGACCAGGCUCCUCGCACAGACAACUCUGAGAAAUGUUCUAGGCACGAAAAACUUGAGUGAGAUAUUAUCAGAUCGUGAAAAUAUCAGCCAUUUUAUGCAGGCGUGUCUCGAUGAAGCGACUGAACCGUGGGGCGUGAAAGUCGAACGAGUUGAAAUGAAAGAUGUGAGAUUACCUGUGCAAUUGCAACGGGCCAUGGCGGCAGAGGCAGAAGCAGCCAGAGAAGCAAGAGCCAAAGUGAUAGCUGCCGAGGGCGAGCAAAAAGCAGCAAGAGCCUUGAAAGAAGCGGCAGAUAUCAUCGACGAAUCGCAAUCUGCUCUACAGCUUCGCUACCUACAAACUCUUGGUCAGAUAGCUUCUGAGAAGAACUCAACCAUUAUAUUUCCUAUGCCCAUUGAACUCUUAAAACCUUUCAGCGGCGAAAACAAUUUUUUGGGAAACCAAGCACCAACAAACUUUCCAAAUAACUCUGAUGUGCGCAGGAAUUUGAAUUUCGAAUUACCUCAACUGGAUGGAUUGCUUAUAUGAAAGCCAUCUCCCAUCAUCUCAUCGGAGUUAUUAUUUUGAUGACUCAAAUUCGGUGGAAGAGUAAAAUAGAAAUUUUUUUAAUUUUAUUAUUUUAAAAUAAGAUAUUAAUAUUAUAUUGACUGCAACUGGUUGAGUGAAAAUUUGAUACUUCGAAGUGUAUCUGAUGUUUGAACGUUUGCAUCAUCCAGUGUUAACACUUUCAUUUCACAAAAUUUACGCUAUUGCUGCUUGUAUGCUUCUAAGUUGAACAAAUAAUACUAAAUGUUCAUAAUGAACGGCAUCUAUUUCUACAUCGUGCUUUAGUUAAAAGUAUGUGUUAAACGAUUUUCCGAUUAUUUUACACAAAUACUAUUAUUUUAUAAAAGACAAAGUUU